GUAUAAUAAUAUAUUCGUUAUAGCAUUUCUCCAAAGUAUCACUUUUGAUACACUUCAGGGGAAAGCAGUCUUCCGUCACGCCAGGGGCACUACUCUUUGUAUUUCCGUGGCAAAAUGGUUUUAUUUUUCCAGGUCUACGUCACUUCCGUCAUGCCACAGGCGUCAGUCAAGUCUCCCGGGUCGCUGUCGUUUAAAUCGGGAAGUGACAGCUGUCGUAUAGUAUAUGAGUCGAAAGCGUUGCAGAGAUGAGGUCCCCUCUGGUGGCACCACUUCUUUUCUACCUGCUCCUGGCUGCAGGAAAUGAUGUCACAGGGGAGGAGGAGAACAGGAAGCCCAACUUUGUCCUAAUGAUGGUAGAUGACCUGGGUAUUGGUGAUAUAGGCUGCUAUGGCAAUGAUACCAUCAGGACUCCAAAUAUAGACCGUCUGGCAUCUGAAGGGGUGAAGCUGACUCAGCACAUUUCCGCUGCUCCUCUGUGCAGUCCGAGCCGCGCUGCUUUCAUGACGGGGCGUUAUGCACUCCGCUCAGGAAUGGGAAGCAUUGGCCGUGUGCAGGUGUUGCUGUUCCUUGGAGGUUCAGGGGGACUUCCAGAAAGUGAGACCACAUUUGCUAAGAGGCUGCAACAACAAGGAUACACCACUGGCCUAGUGGGUAAGUGGCACUUGGGUGUGAACUGUGAACACAGAGGGGAUCACUGUCAUCAUCCAAACCAGCAUGGCUUCAGCUACUUCUACGGCCUGCCGUUUACCCUGUUCAAUGACUGUGUGCCAGGAGAGGGGAGUGAUGUCUUGGCUGACAUCCAGAGCACGCUCCAGUUUACGACAACUAUUCUUGGAGUUGGACUUUUCACCCUGGUGUGUGUCCAUCUGUGUGGCCUCCUUGAAGUCAGCCCGAAGCUCCUGGUAGCACUUUUCUUUUUUAGUUUUGCAGCAACUGCUGCCUGGUACGUGCCUUUUAAACUCUUGCCGACCUGGAACUGCAUCAUCAUGAGGAACCAGGAUGUUAUUGAACAGCCAAUGACGGUAGAUACACUGCCCCAGAGGCUGCUGGGAGAAGCACAAAACUUUAUAAGGAGGAAUAGUGAUCGUCCGUUCCUCCUCCUCUUCUCGUUAGUCCAUGUCCACAUACCACUCUUCAAAACCCCUGCGUUUGCAGGCAAAAGUCGCCAUGGUUGCUAUGGGGACAACCUAGAAGAAAUGGACUGGUUCAUAGGUAAGUUGACAGAGACGGUGGACUCCCUUGGCCUCGCCAACAAUACUCUGAUGUACUUUACAUCAGACCAUGGUGGACACCUCGAGGAUGCAAACUCAGUCGUGGGCCAGAAAGGAGGAUGGAACGGCAUCUACAAAGGUGGGAAGGCUAUGGGGGGCUGGGAGGGUGGGAUAAGAGUACCUGGUAUUUUCCGCUGGCCUGGCAGACUUGCAGCUGGGAGAGUCGUAGAUGAACCCACCAGUCUCAUGGACCUCUACCCUACACUCAAGUAUUUAGCCGAGGACACACAACCAGACAGACAUUCAGACGGCUAUAACCUCAUGCCGCUGUUGGAGGGUAAAGUACAGAGAUCCGAUCAUGAAUUCAUGUUUCACUACUGCGGCGUGUACCUGAACGCAGUUCGCUGGCACCCACCGGGCAGUGACUCCAUCUUCAAGGUACACUUUUUCACCCCCAACUUUUCUCCUCCGGGAGCCGGGGGAUGCUAUGAUGGUAAAGUCUGUCUAUGUCACGGGGAACAUGUGACACACCACGAUCCACCGCUGCUAUAUGACAUUUUCCACGACCCCUCAGAGUCUCGCCCACUAACCCCCGACACUGAGUCGAGAUAUGCCGAAGUCCUUGAGCAGACUGCCAAAGCUGUAGAAAGACAUAGAGGUACCCUUACACACAAACAUGAUCCUCAGUCAUCGGCACACAGUGUUCAAAGUCAGAUGACUUGGGAGAAGAUUCUGUGGAAACCUUGGCUCCAGCCCUGCUGUGGGACCUUUCCAUUCUGUGGCUGCAAAGAGGAAACGUCACAUAGUUAAGGGAAAAAUAUUCCUUUUAGAGAUUGAAACUUUUCUACUUAACGCUUUGCAGGAAAAAGUAUAUUAUAAUAAUAAGGGUCACCUUUUUCAUGAGCAAUAUAAUGCAGCGACUGUGAUGCCUCAGGGUGCUUUCUGGUUCUUCCACAUUUUCAAGCAUUUUAAAGAUGAAAAAAGCCAGCAUUAUGGAGAUUUUCAACAGGACACAACUUGCAUUGAGACACCAAAAAAGUACACAUUUUCAAAAGGAGAAACUAAGUGAAAUCCUUAAAUGAAUACCAAUUUUAAUACUGCUGACCAUAAUCAAUAAUCGAAUGAAGUUUAAACAGUGCGUGUGCUGCGCAGUGUCUACUCACUACAGAGGACAGGGUCUCUGCAGGCCGGUCCAUUUGUUAAUUAUUCAAUUAUUUAAUGCCUCUUCUGUUGCUUUUUAAAAGUUGUGUUUGUUUGAGAGGGAAAUGCUUUGAUCGUCGGAUCAGAAUGUAUCACCGUUCACUUGGCUUGGCGGUGGGAAACUUUUAAUCUUUGCUAAUCUGCUACUUCUUCUUAUCUUUAAUUAUGAGGAUUUGUGCAUUUAAUGAGUGUUCGCUUGAAAGUAACAGAUGGUUUAAACGGACACUCAAGCUUGAAAUGUGAAUGAAUUCAUUUCCUUUUUGAAAAUACUCCUUCAUCCUGACUUCGACUUGACAUAGGUCUUAAGUGAAGUCAUUGUUGUUGGAUAAAGCUCUUAAAAAGCCUUUCCAGUGCCUGAAGUAGAACUAUUUUUGUAUGUGUUGUUAUUAAAUGAACGAUCAGUUCAGUGCUUUUUUUUUUUCUUACAAGGGAACUUGAUUAUGCUUGAAAUAAACAGAAUAAAGAGGUUACUUUGGACCUGUUGGCUACAUUUCACUUGAAUUCAGUCAGGUAUGAUAAUAAUGUUGCAGUGUUUUUUAGUACAUGGUCCAUGACAAUAAAGAAAUCAUGAAUCCACAAGUCCUUGUGAAGGCCAUUAGGGGGCAGAGUCAGACUGUUACAUGCAGCAUGCUCCUGUUCUGUCAUCUUGGGCUGUGUGGUUUCAUUUUGAAUUUGUGCAGUAUAUUAUACAUAUUCUUAUGUGCAAAAGUACUAUCUUAAUAGCAGUACUAACAGGUAUCACUGUAACAUUGUAUAAUGUAUUUUUAGUGCUAAAAUGGAAUACAUUUCCCCCCUCGUGCAUUCUAGUUUGUCUUGUUCCACCUGUUCCAAGUCUUGUUCCACCUUCAGUUAUUCCUUCCCCCUGAAUAUUGACACGAUAUACACCCAUUAUUAUCCCCUCCCCCCCGUUAUUUAUCUGUCAUUUUGUUUACAUAGUAAUGCCUUUUAUCUUUGCGCUUGCCCUUCAAAAAGAUCAGCGCUUAUGAUCAGCUGCAGAGCAGCACUACUGAGUGACGGUGAGGCAGGCUGUGAGUCCUACUUUGACUACAAGGACAUCC